UUCACCGCGGAUGGAUAUAACUUGCACCAAGUCGCAACCCAUAUGUAUAAAGAUUCCGGUCCAUAGGAAGAAAGUCCCUUUCCUUUUUCCUGCAAUCAGAGAGCAGAAGGGGACGUUUAGCUAUUUGCAUUAUAUUCAGGAAAAGUUAACGCAACAAACAAGAUGCCUGAAGAAAUGCAAGAGAUAGAGACCUUUGCCUUCCAGGCAGAGAUUGCUCAGUUGAUGUCCCUAAUCAUCAACACCUUCUACUCAAAUAAGGAAAUCUUCCUUAGGGAAUUGAUCUCUAAUGCCUCUGAUGCUUUAGACAAAAUUCGUUACGAAAGCUUGACUGACCCGACCAAGUUGGACAGCGGCAAGGAUUUGAAGAUUGACAUCAUUCCUAACAAAGUCGACAGCACCCUCACCAUCAUUGACACUGGCAUCGGCAUGACCAAGGCUGACCUGAUCAACAACUUGGGAACUAUUGCCAAGUCUGGUACAAAGGCCUUCAUGGAGGCCCUGCAGGCUGGAGCUGACAUCUCUAUGAUUGGUCAGUUUGGCGUGGGUUUCUACUCUGCCUACCUCGUCGCAGAGAAAGUGGUGGUCAUCACCAAACACAAUGAUGACGAACAGUACGUCUGGGAGUCCUCCGCCGGCGGCUCCUUCACAGUUGCCAUUGACAGUGGAGAGCCUAUUGGCCGUGGAACAAAGAUCAUCCUGCAUUUGAAGGAGGACCAGAGAGAGUAUAUUGAGGAGAAGAGAGUCAAGGAAAUUGUGAAGAAGCACUCACAGUUCAUUGGUUACCCCAUCACUCUCUUUGUGGAGAAGGAGCGUGACAAGGAGAUAAGUGAUGAUGAGGCAGAGGACGACAAAGCGGAGGAGAAGGAAGAGAAAGAGGAAGGUGAAGAAAUGCCCAAGAUUGAAGAUGUUGAUGAUGAAGAGGAAGAUGACUCUAAAGAUAAGGACAAGAAGAAGAAAAAGAAGAUCAAGGAGAAGUACAUUGACCAGGAGGAGCUCAACAAGACCAAGCCCAUCUGGACCCGAAACCCUGAUGACAUCACAAACGAGGAGUAUGGAGAGUUUUACAAGAGUCUCACCAAUGACUGGGAGGAUCAUUUGGCUGUGAAGCACUUCUCUGUGGAGGGUCAGCUUGAGUUCCGCGCCUUGCUCUUCAUUCCUCGUCGUCCGCCUUACGACCUCUUUGAGAAUAAGAAAAAAAAGAACAACAUCAAGCUGUACGUCAGGAGAGUCUUCAUCAUGGACAACUGUGAAGAGCUCAUCCCAGAGUACCUCAACUUUGUCCGGGGCGUGGUCGACUCAGAGGACCUGCCCCUCAACAUCUCCAGAGAAAUGCUGCAACAAAGCAAGAUCUUAAAGGUUAUCCGUAAGAACAUUGUCAAGAAAUGUCUUGAGCUCUUUGCGGAACUGGCUGAGGACAAGGAGAACUACAAAAAGUUCUAUGAAAGCUUCUCCAAGAACAUCAAGCUCGGCAUCCAUGAGGAUUCCCAGAACCGCAAGAAGCUGUCAGAGUUGCUCCGCUAUCACAGCUCCCAGUCAGGAGAUGAGACCACCUCCCUCACAGAAUACCUCACGCGCAUGAAGGACAACCAGAAGUCUAUCUACUACAUCACUGGUGAGCGCAAGGACCAAGUUGCAAACUCUGCCUUCGUGGAGCGCAUUCGCAAGCGUGGUUUCGAGGUCCUGUACAUGACGGAGCCCAUCGAUGAGUACUGUGUGCAGCAGCUGAAGGAGUUUGAUGGCAAGAGCCUGGUCUCAGUCACUAAGGAGGGCCUGGAGCUUCCUGAGGAUGAGGAGGAGAAGAAAAAGAUGGAGGAGGACAAGGCCAAGUUUGAGAACCUCUGUAACCUCAUGAAAGAGAUCCUGGACAAGAAAGUGGAGAAGGUGACUGUUUCCAACCGCUUGGUGUCGUCGCCCUGCUGCAUCGUGACCAGCACAUAUGGCUGGACAGCCAACAUGGAGAGGAUCAUGAAGGCCCAGGCCCUCAGGGACAACACCGCCAUGGGCUAUAUGGCGGGCAAGAAGCACCUUGAGGUCAACCCUGACCACCCCAUCGUAGAGACCCUGCGGCAGAAGGCGGAGGCUGAUAAGAACGACAAGGCCGUCAAGGACCUUGUCAUCCUGCUGUUUGAGACCGCCCUGCUUUCUUCAGGCUUCUCCCUGGAUGACCCCCAGACACACUCCAACCGCAUAUACAGAAUGAUCAAACUUGGACUCGGUAUUGAUGACGACGAGAUCCCUUCAGAGGAUGCCACUUCCACAUCCGUCCCAGAUGAGAUUCCCCCACUAGAGGGUGACUGUGAAGAUGACUCAUCACGCAUGGAAGAAGUUGAUUAAACACCCACCAGAUCCAUUGGUUCCACGUUUCUAUUGUUAAUUCUUUAAACUGCAGUAACUUUGAAACAAAUUGUUGUUUUGUGGAACAAUGUUGCUCUUGUUGUAGAACAUUUAUCUGCAAGAAUCCUCCCUUUACACAGAAGCUUUUUGUUUUUUAGCUGUAAAGUCCACGGUGACCGCACACUUUGUUUUAUCAAGUACCCUGUUGCACUGAGUUUUAAAUGUGGGAGUGAACAAGGGAAUGGUACAUUCCGUUAUCGGGUCUGAAGGUUUAGGUGAGUUUGUAUUAUUGGCAAUGCUGCAUGGAGAAAGAGGACUGACUGUAAGAUUCCUUUGCCUGCCUAUAAGCUUGUCUGUAUUCAAGUAUUGUUUUGCAAAAAAAUAAACAUGCAAUACUGA